AUGGGCCGUGCACGGACAAAGUCUCGCAAAGCGCAGGCCGCUGCGGCUGUCCAGAGCAAGAAGGCCGACGCUGCACAGCAGCAACAAUCCCCGCCAGCAUCGGCCCUACUCGAGAAGGCGCAGACUCUGAUCGUCCAGUGCGACUAUGGCCUCGCGGAGCGGUUCGUGGACCGCAUCCUCGAGCGGGAGCCGACGCAUGCUGCCGCGAGGGAAAUGCUCGGUGUCAUAUACUUGGAGACGGGGGAGCUUGACGCGGCGAGGAAGACUUUUGAAACCCUGAUCCCUCCACACCCAGACGCACUCAACCCGCCCCCGCCUUCCGCACACUUGUACCUUGCUCAGCUGAGCGACGAAGACCCGCAGAACGCGCUGCGGCACUAUCAAGCGGCCGUCGACAUCAUGGUCGCGCAGCUCAAGGGCAAGGAGCGCGCCGUCGAUCUCGCCGGCGCAAACGAUGAUGAGACAGAGCUGAAGCAGAACGUCGUGCGUGCCCUCGUCGCCAUGGUUGAGAUCUGGAUGGACCCAUCGUACGACUUGUGUUUUGACCCGGCGGCGGAGAAGACGUGUGAAGAGCUCAUCAACAUGGCUCUGCAAGCUGACCCCGGGAAUACCGAGGCUCUGCAAGCACUGGCGUCCGUCCGGCUGUCGCAACAGCGGCCGGACGAGGCAAAACAGUGCCUCGAGCAGGCGUGGACGCAGUGGAAGGACUUGGAGCCAGCACUCCUCUCGCCUCAUACGUUCGCAGACGACCACCGCCUGCCACCGAUCCCGACCCGCCUCGCCCUCGUCAAGAUGUUCCUCGAGCUGGAGCUCUUCGAGCCAGCACUACUCGUCCUGAGCGGCAUCAUGGCCUUCGACGAUCAGGAGGUCGAAGCCUGGUAUCUCGAGGGCUGGUGCUUCUUCCUCAUGGCAGAACAGGCACAGGAGAACGGUGGCACACUGCAGGAGCUUGCCUGGGAGCAGCUUGCGCGGGACGCACGAGACUGUCUAGAGACGUGCAAGAUGCUGCAUGAGAGCCAAGAACAUCCGGACACGCCUCUCCUCGAACACGCCAAGGAGCUCAUUGCCAAGCUAGAGUCGCAGGGUGUACAACCGUCUCCUGAGGGCGGCGGCGACGAGGACGACGAGGACGGAGAAGGCGGCUGGGAGAACGUCGACGGCGACGAGGACGAGGACGUCGAGAUGUCGCCAUAG